GGGGGGAGGGGACAGAACCCCCUGGUCCGCUAUGAACAGAGACUUCAGUGUGACAGAGUUGCUGCUGCAGUUUAUACGCGAGGGAGAGUGCUGGGAGCUGCAUUGGGUGACACUCUGAGAGUGAUGGGGAGCGGACACAGAGUCCUGGCAACUGACCUGACAGUCACUCUGUGAGGGCUGCUGGGAACCGGACAAAAGGUCCUAGAACUGCACUGGGAGAGACUGGGAGAUACUGGGAGAGUGCUAGAGACUGGACAGAGAGUCCUACAAACUGCACUGGGUUUUUCUCUGAGAGACCUGAAGGCUGGAAAGAGUCCUUUGAACUGCACUGAGAGACACUCUUGGGACUGAGGAGACAGUCAUAAGAACUGCUCAGGGAGACACUCAGAAGGUGCUGAGAAGUGGCCAGACAGUCGUAGGACUUGCACUGCGAGACACUCCGAGAGAACCUGAACAGACUGGACAGAACUUCCAAGGAACUGCACUGAGAGACAAUUUUAGAGUGACAGGCUCCGCUGAAAGUGUCAUAGGAAUUUUAUGGAAAGGCAUUUAUAGUGUUGAGGGGGAGAGAGGCAUAGGUAAUGCAUUGUAAAACCUUAGGAGAGUGCUAGAGAGCCUGGGCAGUGAGUGCCACUCUGAGAGUGCUGUGACCAGGGCACAGGAGACACGCUAAGAGCAGCACAGACAGGGUAGAAAGUCAGAGAGUUCUGUAAAUUGCACUUGCAUACAAAGCACCGAAGCCUGCAGGUAGAUAGGAAUGUGAAGGAGACAGAUAGAAGGACUUGGAAGUGCACGGAUAGUCAGGAAGGCUACUCGGCUCUUUCAAGAGUGCAAGAAGUAUCGGGCAGACUAUAGUGCCAGGAAAUAUGCAUAGACUGUGGCUGUGAUAGAAAAAGGGGACCAGCAAGAGAUACCAGUUUGCCCAUACAUGAUCCAGGAGCUACUGUAACAUGACAAGGACUGCAGUCAGGCAAAAUAAGGAUUAGCACAAAAGAACGGCAUGUUUUGUCCACAGCCUAUUGUGUAGACUAUAAAACACACGCAUUACUGUGUGCUGGGUUUGCUUUAUAUCCAGUUGGAUAUAAAUAAAUGAUACAGGGCACAACAAUUUAGCCAGUGAGGGAACAUCUAGAGACAUUGGGAAAGGGCAUUAGAAGGCAGCUAGAGUAUUGUAUUCAGUUGUAAGGUGCUACAAGUCUAACUGUAUAGAACAGUGCAGUCUCCUUUGAAGAUGAAGUAUCCUGCCCUGCUCUGGAUUCUCAUCUCUUUGGUGUGGUGUGCACAAGGCUUGGUGCCUUUGGCAGAUUUCUACCCCUUCGGUACAAAGGAGGGGGACACGGUGACCCGCAGGCAAGAUGAUGGGGGAUCUGGUCUACUGCAGAUUUCCAAACCCUUCACCUUUUUCGGUGACAAGCACAGUGGUCUCUAUGUGAAUAACAAUGGGGUGGUGUCCUUUCUCCGGGAGGUGUCCCAGUUUACUCCUGUGGCAUUUCCUAUCUCUGGUGACCGCAGAGUGGUGGCUGCAUUUUGGGCAGACGUGGAUAACCGUAGGGGUGGCAAUGUAUUCUACCGUGAGACAGAGGAUUCCAUUAUUCUGGAUCGUGCCACUAUGGAUGUACGCACUUACUUCCCAGAACUCCCUGACUUUCACUCAACUUGGGGCUUCAUUGCCACUUGGCAGCGUGUCACUUUCUAUGGCGGUGAUUCUACUUCACCUAUUAACACCUUUCAGAUUGUGCUGAUCACAGAUGGCCUUCGCUCCUUCACCAUUUUUAACUAUGAGACAAUUGAAUGGACAACAGGCCGACAUGCCAGCAGUGGUGGAGACAGUUCUGGUAGAGGGGGCAUUGCUGCACAGGCUGGCUUUAAUGCAGGCGAUGGCUGGAGAUAUUUUAAUAUCCCAGGCUCUCGUACUGAUGAUAUUGCAAGGAUUGCAAACACAACCAAUGUAGGAGUUCCUGGACGCUGGGUGUUUCGUAUAGACAACAACCAUGUGCAGGUUGGGGAAUGCAGGAAUGCAACUUCUGUGUGCUGGACGCUACGUCCCUGCCAGAAUGGGGGUCGCUGCAUUGACGACUGUGUGACUGGGAAUCCUUCAUACACUUGUUCUUGCCUUAGUGGCUUCACUGGAAAGCACUGCCACAUUGACAUGGGGAGAUGCUACUCCCAGCCCUGUCAGAAUGGAGGAACCUGUGUGGAUGAGCCUGGCACCUUCACCUGUCUGUGUGCCCCGGACUUUACAGGAACCUUAUGUGAAACAGAGGUAUCGCCCUGCACAUAUAAGACCUGUCACAAUGGAGGGGAGUGCGAGGUUCAUCAUGGGAUGGCAGUGUGCCUGUGCCAGGAAGGAUAUACAGGGGCCCACUGUGAUACAGAACUCUUGCCAUGUUCUUCCUCUCCUUGUUUGAAUGGCGGGACCUGCAAAAAUGUUGGUGUUGGAUUUAGCUGUCAUUGCACAUUGGGAUUUACUGGAAUUCACUGUGAAAAAGAACCCAGUCCAUGCUUUACAUCUCCCUGUAUGAACAAUGGAGUGUGCAAGGAUGUGGGUGCUGGAUACAUCUGUGUGUGUGUGCAGGGAUUCACUGGAAUACAUUGUGAAACAGAACUGAGACCCUGCUUAUCAUCUCCCUGCCAGAAUGGUGGAAGCUGUGAAGAUGUGGGCUCUGGUUACUUCUGUAUGUGCAGGCAAAGAUUUACUGGAAUACACUGUGAAACAGAGAUUAGGCCGUGUUCUUCAGCUCCAUGUCUGAACCGAGGUGUGUGCAAAGAGGUCGGCGAGACUUACAGCUGUCAGUGUGCGCGCAGAUUCACUGGAAAGCAUUGCGAGACAGAGAUCAGACCAUGUUUUUCUAAUCCCUGUUUGAACAUGGGAACAUGUGAAGACAUGAGCGAAGGUUAUAGCUGUAUCUGCACAGACGGUUACACUGGAAUCCACUGUGAGACAGAGUUAAGACCCUGUUUUUCAUCCCCUUGCCUGAAUGGGGCAUUGUGCAAAGAUGUUGGCAGUACUUUCAGCUGUGCGUGUGCACAGGGGUUUACCGGUACACGUUGUGAGACAGAACUGGGGCCAUGCUUUUCUUCUCCUUGCUUGAAUGGAGCAACAUGCAGAGAUUUGGAUUUUACUUACAGCUGUCAGUGUGCACAGGGAUUCACAGGGAUGCACUGUGAGACAGAGAUCAAGCCUUGUUUUUCAUCCCCUUGUCUGAAUGGAGGGACCUGUGAGGACCUGGGAGUUAUUUACGCCUGUUUAUGUGCACAGAGAUAUACUGGCUUGCACUGUGAGACAGAGAUCCAGCCCUGCUUUUCCUCGCCAUGCCUGAAUAGAGGAAUUUGUAAUAAUGAAGGUGCUUUUUACAGCUGUACAUGUGCAGAGGGCUUUACGGGAAAAAACUGUGAAACAGAGUUGAGCCCUUGCUUUUCUUCUCCCUGCCUGAAUGGAGCAACCUGCAUUGAUGUGGGUGCUAAUUACAGCUGCAUGUGCCCACAGGGGUAUACUGGGGUGCUCUGUGACACAGAGAUACCGAACCCUUGUACAUCAAAUCCUUGUGAGAACAGAGGUGAGUGCAGGGAGACAGAAGGAGGAUACUCGUGUGACUGCCCCACAGGUUUCAGUGGCAUGCACUGCGAGCACCGUGUGUCCGAUGACUGCCCCUGCAGGAAUGGAGGGCGAUGUGCAGAUGGAAACAGCACUUGUCACUGCCCGCCUGGACAUUUUGGGCUUCUCUGUGAAUAUGAGGUCACCUCGCUACCGUGCAGCAUGGGUUCACAAUGUCCAGAUGGCGGAUCGUGCAUGGAAUAUGGUGGAAGUUACUUGUGUGUGUGUCACACAGAUUACAUCCUUAGUAACCACUCAAUUCCCUCUCCCUGUGACUCGGAUCCUUGCCUGAAUGGUGGAACCUGUGAAUCUCUAGAUGAUGCAUAUACAUGUGCUUGUCCCCGUGGCUUCAGUGGAAGGCUUUGUGAGAAAGUAAAGCCAGCUCUGUGCAGCCUAUCACCUUGCCGCAAUGGGGGCACCUGCAAGGAGUCACGUGAAGAAUAUUAUUGCGUUUGUCCAUAUCCAUUCACUGGAAAACACUGUGAGACUGGUAUGAGGGGCCCUUGUUCAUCAGGUCCGUGUAAUAAUGGCGGUACAUGUUUCCAUUAUCUUGGGAAAUACAAGUGUGACUGCCCACCAAACUUCUCUGGACGACACUGUGAGAAAGCAGAGACAGAGUUGGACUGUGGAGCUCCAGAGGAGGUGAAAUACGCAAAGAUGAUUGUGACGUCUACACUGCCAGGUGGCCGGGCAGAAUAUCACUGUAAUGAAGGUUAUGUGAUCAGUACUCCAAACAAUGCUAGUGUAUGCAGUGAGGAAGGGAUAUGGAGCUUGCCUCCAGAGUGUGAAGAAAUAGAUGAGUGCGCAUCUCAGCCCUGCCAUAAUGGGGCAGCCUGCAAGGACCAAAUUUCCCAUUUCAUCUGUGAAUGCCAGAAAGGGUACAGCGGGAAGUAUUGUGAGCAAGAGACUAAUAAGUGUCUGUCACAGCCAUGUAAGAAUGGAGGCAGCUGUCAGGAUUUACCUGGGACCGUCAAUUGUAUUUGCCCUGAGGGUUUCACUGGAUCUUACUGUGAGACGGAGUUGGAUGGAUGUGACUCUUCUCCGUGCCAGAAUGGAGGCAUGUGUGAGAACCUGGCAGGUUCUUAUCUAUGUGUGUGUCCCCGGGGCUUUUUUGGCUAUUACUGUCAGACAGUGAGUGACAUGUGCCUAUUGAACCCCUGUGGUAACCGUGGGGUAUGUGUGUCCAGUGCAGACGGAUUAGUGAGCUGCACCUGCCGAACGGGGUACACUGGAACCAUGUGUGACAAAGAGCUGCUUCCGCCGUUGUCACUGUCUCUGGGUGCUGUUGGAGAAAACAGUGUUUGGGUGUUCUGGACCCCCCCGGAAGAUGGCACUGGGCAUGUGCUGGAUGGGUUUGCAGUCAGCUACACUGCUCCGGACGGCUUAUCAAGAACAGACUUUGUAGAAAGAGCUCACACGGAACACGAGCUUCGGGGGCUCAUCGCUGGCCGUUCCUACAACAUCACGAUUGUCACAGUAAAGCGCAACUUGCGGCACAAUGAUAUCAGUCGCCCCCUCUACCUCACAGCCCGUACACGGCCGCCAAAUGUUGACAGACCAAGGAUUCAUUCUGUCACAGACACAUCUGUCACAGUUUCCUGGUCACUAAGUUCUCACAGACACACAUCCAUUGCCCUUGUUCGACUGUUUAUCCAGCACCCAACAGACCCACAUCAGCAGGCAGAGCAGGAGCCAUCAGCAGGAGAAUAUAUCUUCAGGGAUCUACGUCCUGGAGAAAAAUACAGUGUCCAGAUCAGCACCUUGAGCCGGUCUGACCCCAGCCACCCACCCACAGAAAGCCUGCCCAGUGCCCCUUUGAUAGCCUGGACACGUCCACACGCCCCUACUAACCUUACGGCAGCGCUUGUCACAGCCAAUUCUGUGCAUCUGAUUUGGGAGGCACCUCCUUCUGGUUCGGUGGAUGGCUAUAUCUUCAAUGUGACAAAUAAUCACAGUACAAAGAGCCGGUAUGUUCCCAGUGGAAAGAUGACUUCCUAUACAGUGCGUGACCUGCAGGCUGGCCAGCGCUACCGGAUCACAGUGACUGCUCUGCGGAACACUCCACAGGGCCCAGUGAACAGUGAGCCCAAGACAGUGCGUCCACAGACACUGCAAAGGGAGGGACCUCAGGAGCGUCGCUGGACUCCCCCUCGAAUUCUGCGGAACAGGCCCCCUCCACAGCCACAUCAAGAGUUGCGACUGCUGACAGAAAGGGGACCUCCUCCUGCUGAUACUCCACAGCCGCACCGACUGACAGAGCUGAAAGAUGGACGCCGUCGUAUUUCAGCAAGGUUCAGCCAUCUUACCAAUAAACCAGUCAAUGCAACUAAAGAGCCUGAACCUCCAGUCAGAGUUGAGAGCUCAGAUGAAGCAGCUAUUCCCGAGAGGCAGGCGCUCCAGCUACAGGACCCCGAGCAGAGAAGCAGAGAAGGUGAACAACUGGGCUGCUUGGAGACACUGUGCCUAAAUGGAGGGACCUGUGUGAAUGGAGACACUUGUGACUGUCCUACAGGAUUUAAAGGGCAGCAGUGCCAGCUGGCCUGCAGAAAGGAGACGUUCUCCUGCACAAGACUCAUUUCUGAGACAACAUCACACCCAGUGUGGGAGGGAGGAAUCUGCCACCACCUGUACAGAAGAGUUUACAAGGUACAGAAUGAUGUGUGCUCCAGGGAGAUUUGUGAAGGUACCAGCAGAAGCAGAGCAAAAAGCAGAAUUCCUUCCAAGCCCUAAACAGCUGAAACUGUUUCAAAGCACUGAAUUUUGCAGGGGGAAAGGAUUUAAUCAGCACACUGCCCCAAGGGAGACGCUAAGCUUGUGUCUCCACCUCCCCAACAUUAAGGGACUCUGCGGCCUCUCUCUCUUACUGUGUCACAGUACUGGCCUUGUGCUUCUCUAAAGAGCUGCCCUCCUUCACAUCCACCUGUAAGGGAUCAGAAGUGUUCCCUCCUCUCCCUUGACAAACAUCUUACUCCUCCGUACUCCUCAUGAAUCUGAUGGAAGGCCUGGAGACAGUUGAUUUGUUUAUGGACAUACAGAGCAUGCUUUGGCUCUCCUAUUGAAUGCAGAACUUGUAUUAGAUCCCAAACGCUGUCCAGUCUGCAGAGCAUUGGUGUUCCUACUAGAGCCAAAGAUCUGCAGCACAAGACACUAUCAGGGGCCAGCAAAGUGCAGAUCUGACACAGUCUUGCUGAAAGCCCUACAGUAUGUAGAGCAGAACCUCUCUGCAUUAGAGUAGCUGCUUCAUUAACCCCUUAAAGGAGAAGGAAAGUCAUCUUGCACUUGGGGGUGCCAAAUGUUAGGCACCCCAAAGUGAUUGUGU